UGCUGAGGAGGGAGGGAGGGACGGGUACCGAUGUGGGUUUUUGUCACACUGGACCGGUCAGGAGGCUGAGCUCCCUUCCACAGCCUUGGCUCUUUAUUCCAGCCGCGCCUGUCUUUAUAGCUGGGGUGGGUGGGACUGAUUCUACUAAGCGGAUCUAAGCUCUCAGGUUGCUCCGUUCGCUCAGCGAGGAGCUGGAAAAAUGCGGAGGAGGGAGCGACACGGUGAUGCUCUGACCGCGGUCCCUACCCUCCACUCCACGGGCACAAGGGGAGGCUUGCAGCGGGACACCGAGGGAGCCAGCUCAGAGGCUGGCUGCUGAAAAGCAGCGAUCCGGACAAACUGUCACUUGGAAGCUGUCAGGACUGAAAAAAUACAGCCGAACACGUUGGCUCGGGCUCUCUAAAGCUCCCAGCGUCGCCGAGGAUUAGUGGGCCUGCCGAGCCGCCGUAGCCAUGGGAGAGAACAUGUCAAAGCGGCUGAAGCUGCUGUCGGCUACAGAGGCAGAGAUGGAGGAGCGCUCUUUCCCCAACCACUACCCGGACUGGGAGCAGGGAGGGCCCGCCUCGAAUGCCGGAGCUGAGCGGGAUCCUGACGAGCCGCUGGACGCUGAAGGAAAGGUUCAUGCAGCAUUUCAGAAGAAGGUCCAGAGUAAGAUCAAAGAUCUUCUCCAGCAGAUGGAAGAGGGACUGAAGACCGCCGACCCUCAUGACUUCACCACUUACACCGGCUGGACAGGCAUUGCCUUGCUGUACCUUCAUCUUCACCGAGUCUCCUGUGAGGCCUCCCACCUGCAGAGGGCGCUGGACUAUGUGAAGAGGGCCAUGAGAAUUUUGAACGGUCGCAAAGUGACUUUUCUGUGUGGCGAUGCAGGGCCUCUGGCUGUUGGUGCUGUGGUCCACCACAAGCUGAGCAACAGUGCAGAGAGUAAAGACUGCGUGUCCAGGCUCCUCCAGCUGCAGCGCUCAGUCCUAAAUCGAGAUGCCGAGAUGCCAGAUGAACUGCUGUAUGGUCGAGCUGGAUACCUUUUUGCGCUGCUCUUUGUUAACAAAGAGAUCGGAGCUGAUACUGUGGAUGAAGGUACAAUCACACAGUUGGUGACGGCCAUUGUGGAAUCCGGAAAGAGACUGUCUGCAGAGGAGAAGAAGACAGAUCGCUGCCCUCUCAUCUAUGAAUGGCACAAGAAGCAGUACAUCGGCGCUGCCCAUGGCCUCGCUGGCAUCUAUUACAUGUUAAUGCAGCCCGGAGCGAGGGUCAACGCAACCUUGCUGGCAGAGCUGGUUCGCCCAAGCAUCGACUACGUCCGCCACAAAAGAUUUAGAUCAGGGAACUUCCCCUCAUCACUGAGCAACGAGAGUGACCGGCUGGUGCACUGGUGUCAUGGAGCUCCUGGUGUCAUCCACAUGCUCAUCAUGGCCUAUAAGGUGUUCAAAGAGGAGAAGUAUCUGAAGGAGGCAGUAGACUGUGCUGAGGUCAUCUGGCAGCGGGGCUUGCUGAGAAAAGGCUACGGUAUCUGUCAUGGCACGGCCGGCAACGGCUAUGCCUUCUUAACCCUUUAUAAGAUCACCCAGGAGAAGAAGUACUUGUACCGAGCAUGCAAGUUUGCUGAGUGGUGUUUGGACUAUGGGACUCAUGGCUGUCGCAUCCCGGACAGACCGUACUCUCUGUUUGAAGGUAUGGCAGGAACCAUCCACUACCUGUCAGACAUGGCAAACCCUGAAGCUUCCUGCUUCCCUGCCUUUGAACUAUAACCCACCAACUAAUGAGGCUGAGGACCAGGGGGCUUAAAGGGGAGAAGAACAUCGUUUGGAUGACUUUGUUGUUGCUGGACAAAAUUUUUUAACAGAACAGUCAGACCGGUGGUGGGUCAAUUGCCGUAAAAUCAGUUUGUUUCAUGGAUUAACGGCAGGAUGAAUGUUGGUGCCUCAGUGGGGGGGGGGGGGGCUAAAUGGGGACAUUUUCAUCCUAUUGGAUCAACAGUAGGAAGUUCAUGGAAACCGUAUCUUUGUACUCUCAUCCAGCAGUGGUUUGAGCUGAAGAAAGGAAUACAUGAAGUCCUCUCAUUCGUUAAGAUUAAUUUUUUGCUUAUGCAGACAAUGAUCUAAGCACCCUGACCCGUGAAUUGUUGACACUGGAGCACCUGGCCUAAGAGGGAGGUGUGGGUCUCAUAUUGUUUAGCUGUUUAAAUACCUCUGCAUGCUCAAUGUUGUUCGCUCUUGGUGCCUCAUGUCCUGUCUGUAAUGUUUCACUUCUCCAUGUCUGUCGUGUUGUGCUCCAGUUCCUCUGUCGUCUUUUAUUUAAUUGUGAUAGAUAUAGUGGUCGAUGUAUGGAUGUGAAUUCUUUUUUUCUGUGCAUGCUGUAAUGAUCCUGCAAUGGGAACAGGUUCCCCUGGCAGUAGUGGAGUUUUAGCAGGAGUCUUCUUGUCUUGCUGCAGACCAUCAUACAGAGGUCCUACGAUCAGCACCAUGUGUUGGUGAUAAAUCCGCUGUCAAAGUUCCCACCACUGGCAACUGUCCCAUCAGUCCCUUAUGUCAUAACAGUGAGGCAGCUCAGGGUGUGGUAUAGGACCAUAGCUGAUGGUAAUGUCCCAGCAGAAAUCUGAGGGAAAGCCCAAAAUUAUUUAACAGUACAGAUUCCAGCUCCUUUCCAGCCUCAUAAUUUACAGUUAAAUUUAAGUUGGUUUUUAAAUAGUUAAUGUUGGAUUAAAGUUAUUAGCCAGUUUUAUUUAGUUUGUUGGUGUUACUAAAACAAAACAAAAAUCCCUGCUUGAUUAAUGGAGUUUGGAUUUUCACUGCAGGAAUUCACACAAAUACAAAAUUUUUUGAAUCCGGUCAGAAAAAACUUCCAGUCCGUUUGGGGGGUGUUUGUGUCUAUGAUGUCACAGGAGGUUGCACAAAUCCAGAUGAUCAGCUGGUGUUGGUACCCAUUGGGGCAGGUAUAGCCAAUUUGGACAGAUUCCAGUCAGAGAUGUGCCGAUCAGGCUGAUAAGUUGUUUUUUUGUUUUUAUUUUUUAGCUCUGACUGAUUUCGAUUUAGACAGAUUUUUUUCCCUAAAUGCUGUAAUGCAAAAGAGAUGACAAACAUCAGUUUUAAAAUCAAUGAAUUACAAGAUUAUUCCCAUUAUUCAUCAAAGCACUAUGUUUAUCACCUUUAUAAUAACUUUUUCUAAGCAUAUAGUGCUUCAAAGUCCAAGCUGUUGGCUAAUGGAUUUAUUGACUAAAAAGUUGGGGGUUAAAUUUGGAUGCGUUUAAUGAAUUUGUAGAAAAAUAAUUGUCCUGUUUUUGACCAGCUAAUCAUCAAUCAAAGCUGAUCAGGAAAGAAAUGUGCUGCUUUCAGUCUCUGGCUGCUCUCUCACUCUAUUAUAGAUUCCAAGGCAUUUCAAUCUACUGAGUGCUGCUGAAGCAUCAGCAGAAAUAACUGUUUUCCCUUUAUUGCUUAAGCUUCAUUUGGUAACUACUCUCAGCACUGGGUGGAAUGAGGUUCCUAUCAAGUCAGUCUGCUGUUGAUAUGAUCUGGAUCUUGACCUGCAUCGGACAAACGCCAACGAAAGAUCCGCCUGCAGUUCCUGCAGAAAUCCCGACAGCACCUGAAUGCACAUUAAAUGCCUCAUCCUCUGCCAGAGAUUUCUAGACGAAUUUCACUGCAGGGUUAUCACACUGAAAGCUAAAUUCUUUCUUUAGCUUGUUAAUGUGCCGGUUGUGUUUGGUUUUACUUACAACAGACAGACCAGUUUCUGACCUUUGCUCAUGUCCGAGUAUAACUGAUCAACCUAACUGCUGUGUCAAGAUGUGGCUGUGUAUUAUUGCUCCAUUGGCUACAGAGUAGGAGCAGACAUGAAAUGGAAAGCAACUUUAAGUCUGAUUACAAAAUGUUGGAAUUCAUGCAAUGUGUGAAACUUGAAACUAAAUUUGUAAAAGAAAACUGGAUGAGUAAGGUCUGAAGACCAGUCCCAACAUAAAACCUGUACUGACUGAGAAGAGGUUGUUUUUGUCGAAGUGAUACUGGGCUAACAACUCAGCAGCAUUAGAGGAUUCAAUUCAAUUCAAACAUACCUUAUUAAUCCCAAAGGGAAAUUAGGUGCUGGUGUAACUCAUGUGAUGGGGGUUCAACGAGUUGUAGAUGCGGAUGGCUGCCGGCAGGAAGAAUUUCCUGUGGUGGUCUGUCUUACAACUGAUCUGGAGAAGCCUCUGACUGAAGGCCCUGUUGGAUUAAGCUCUUGCUCCUUCCUGCGCUGCCAGACCCUUGGUCAACACAUUAAUCCAAUGUAAAAGAGCUCCAAACAGCACCUCAAUGGCUGCUAAAGCACUGCAACAUGCUUUCAGUGUCCUUAAUGUGAUUCAAUUCAAUUUUAUUUAUAUAGCGGCCAAUUCACAACACAGCAUCUCAAGGUACUUGAUGAAGUCAUAUUCAAUACAGAUUGGCCAAAAAGUGUAAAGGUGUAUCUUCUAUGAACAGAAAAAUGACAGAACAUAGAAACUUUACCUGCUCUGUCUGUAUGAUUUGAUUGAAAUAACUUAGUACUGGGCCUUGUUGUGAAUUCGCGAUAAAAAUAAACUAAAUAGAAUUCCUCCCAUGUUUCUAUUCUCUUCUUAUAUGCAGUAACUGCUGGGAUGCAGCAAAGUAACAUAACAUAUUCUGUUGAAAUGCAAGAGUGACAAAAAUACUUCUAUCAGAAGUGACAUUUAUUAACACAUUUCCCAACAUUUAACAAUCUUAAACUGGAAGCCUCACAGUGGAUAUCAAAGAGAGAGGAGAUCCAUUUUAGGGAGAAGAAAGAACACAGGCUAACAAUGGGGACCAAACAGUUGGUUAAUGUUGUGUUUGCAUAGUUCUGAUAUAAAUAAAACUGCACUAAGACUAUUGUGUGGGUAAUCUACAACCCAAACGAGUGACCCAAAUCUCGCUCCCAUUCUAACAUGUUCUACGUGAAGGUCAUAAUGGACUCUCAGGUGGCCUCAUGUUAACUGCACAGUGCAGAUAUUCAACAUCUACUGUCCCUCCAGGAUUUGGGCCAGUACACCCUCCUCUGCUGCUGUUUGCUGAAGGAGUUUCUUCAUUUUAAGAUCCACCAGAGGGCAUAAGGAGCGACAUCCUUGACAGCUCCCUAUCAUUCACCUCUGGCAUUAUUAACAUCACCUGAGCUGCAUCUACGCAGCAUUCGUCGUCUCCGUCCCUCCCUUCCCCAUAACUCCACCUCCGUUCUUGUUCACAGCCUUGUCAUCUGCACUGAUUAUUAAAAUUCUCUUUUUAAGUCUCCCUCAGAAACUUUUUGUAAGUUUCUAAUGGUCCAGAACUCAGCUGCUCAUUUCACCACAGUCCAUUUCUCCAGUAACUCCACUGGCUCCCAGUCAGAUCCAGAACCAAAUCCCAAAUCCUUGUUUACAUUCAAGAUCAUCCAGACCCUUGCUCCCCCUUAUUCAUCUGAUCGUUUUCAUGUCACCACCCCCUGCUGCGCUUCCUCAGAUCCUCCUCUAUCCACCUCACCGGCCCCUCUGCUCAUCAGCAGAACUUGCUCCCAAACUCUGGAUCCCGUUCCCACCAGACAUGUGUGUUGUCUUCCCCUGUUCAGAUCCAGACCUAAAACCCACCUGUUCCCGACAAUUACUCCAUAUUUAUUGUUUUCGUUGUUUUUAGUUUUCAUUGUACGGUGAGUGUUAUGAAAGGGGCAUGUAAAUAAAAUGUACUAUUAACA